UGCCGCGGAGUGUCGCUCGCCGAGAGUUUGCAGUCGCGCGUGUUAUCGCUACCGAAACGCUUCCCUUCGAUCGAGGCGGUCGAAACCGCCUCUCUUCCGUGUUUACCCCCUUGUGUGUGGGUGCUUGAGGCAACAAACUGUCGAGGCAACAACUGCUAUUAACGCGAGCCAGGCGCGAAGAAGAAACAAACGGCAGAUAACAAAUUCCUGUUUCCUGUCUUUUAUAUAAUCACGAAUGGCGAUCGGCAAAAAGCGCGGAGAAUCGUCGAGGAACGACGUCAUCAUCUUCAUUGUAUACAAGUAGUACAUCGAAGAAUUUCGUUGAAAAAUUUCGAGAGUAUCGCUCCCGUCUCGCGAUGAAGGGAAGAAGGGAAGAAGGCUUCUCCUCUCGCAGCGCGUGAGAGAACGCGAAGUCAUGACAUGAGGGGACCAAGAUCUUCGCUUGAUCUCAGAUUUUUUCAUAUCAGAAAGACUGAUCACGCACGAGCCGAAAAUGAGUAAGGAAGACAGCAGCAGCGAUACGAAACCGCAGGAUGCUUCCUCGCCAGACACCCCGACGGAUGUGCCAUCAAAGAAUGCAAACGCGGACAUCUACGAGAAUCGCGGGCCUAAGAAGAUCAUUCGCGUGGUGACUGUUAUGGCCUAUCUGUUCUCGGUGAGUUUCGUGGGUAUUCUUUUGAGUGCCUAUUACAUAUUUUUGUGGGAGCCGCCGAAUCCGAGACUUAUACAGCGAGAACGGUUGCGAUCGGAUCCGCAAUUGCAAUUUUUGAUUGCGCCAUCACCCUCACACGAAGAUCCGACGAAGGACAGCGAUCCUCUUCAGCAGAGCGAGGUUGCUCAUGUGUAUAAACCUCUUCUGAGUCGCAUGACACAUGAAAUGGGCGACAAUGACGAUUUGGUUGUCGAUCCCCGAGAUAAGAUGAGUAUUGAGAAGAAGCGAAGAGUGAACGCGAUGUUGCUGAAGCUAAGACGCUCGCUCGUAGUGCGCGCUCAAAAUCGAAACUUAUCGCAGGAGGCCAUGACUUCCGACAGAUUUAACAAUUCGUCCGUCGAAGGGGAGGAAGCGCUUAACUCGACGAAGACGAGGAGUCGCGCGAGGAGUGCGUUAUUACACAGCGGAUCACGCAGGGAUAUUCCCGAAGGAAAGUUUCAUAGGGAUAAUAUUGAUCUGCCUUCAGAACAUAUACACAAUUCUUCACGGGCACUCGAUUCUAAAGAUUCGAUAUCAAAAUUUUUAGUUAUCGUUGGAACUAAAGUAGGCCAGACUCACGAUGGAGGUAUCGAUGCCAAUCCGAUGCCGGUUACCAAAGAAAAGAAUCGACAUCAAAAGAAGCUCAAUGUCAUUAAAUCAUAUCCCGUUCGCGGAUUUAUGCGGAUUAAUACGACGACAAACGGCGAUGUUACGAAUCGUAGCAUUUUCGAGUCUCACAAAACGGCCCAGGAAUCCCCAAAGAUCGAUACUUUCGAUAAGAGAAAAGAGCUGAUGAAACAAAAUGCGAUCUGCGAUCACCAGUUGGACAAUAACGAUCGAGAAAAUGAUUCCGGAAACGCACAAACGGAUGCUUCAUCGCAAGAGCGCGCGGAUGCUAACGUGAAGAGCUCUGAAAAUUAUUCUAGCGACAAAUUCUCGAAAGACAAGAUCGCACAUGAUAGAAUAAUGAUCGAUUCAUCGUCUCGUGAUCCCAACAACGGAUUCACCGACGAUCCGGGAUUUCAUCAGACGGAUGACGAGCCGACCACCAUAAACUCACAGCCUCACGUUACGGGAACGAGAAAUUCCGAAGAGACACAAAUUGAAAAGAUGACAGCGAGAUCUACUACAUUAGAUAAUAAACAAGUGGAGCAAAUGGAUUCGAUCACACAACAAAAAAGUUUCUCAGAAAUUUUUACGGAUAUUGCGAUCGAGGAUACAUCUGUAGAGUUCACGUCGAUAUCUACAAUGCAGGAAUAUCACGACAAUUUCACUAGCAUUACGAACAAAGGUGACGAAAGCGUUACAUAAGCGAAUAUUAGACUUAAGACACCUCAUGUUGAAAGUAAUAAAGAGCAAGGAAACCAAACAAGUAAUGACUAAUAGAAUAUCAAUAUCUAUUAGUACGUAUACAGAAGAGAGUUUUUUUCACUUUUGCGGACAGAAAACGUUAGAAAUCAUAUUAAUCUGAAUUUGCCAAAUACGAGAAAUCUUGUAGAGUCUAGAACUACACUUAUGCAAAUAUAGAAACUAGACAUAUUUUAAUAAUUUAGAUAUUUAAGCGUUUAGAAUUAUAGACUAUCGCAUCAUAAUAAUAGAACAACAAUAAUAAUAAAUAAUUGAAUUAUAAAUAAAAUUAUCGCAGAGAUUUCGUCAUUUCUCUAUAUAAAUUAAAUUAUAAAUUUUGUAUCUAUAUUACAAGACGACUAGAGAGAUUAGAAUAUAAUUUUUCAUGAAAGUUCAUUUAUUCAAAUUCCUUUCACUACGUUUUUUAGUAUUAUAUUGGUAGAAAAAAUACUCAAGAAUAUUUUUGUAAUUAUUAGUAUUUGAAAUUAGAAGUAUUUGCGCAGAAACACAAUACAUAAAUUCUAUAAUAAUUCUAUUAUUAAUUCUAACGUAAUAAUUAUCGAAAUUAGAAUUCACAUCUGAUAAGUAUCUUAUACAAAUUUUAUAUGACUGAAAUAAAGGGCCUAUAUUAUUAAAGUAA